UCUGGAAGAUCGUAAAAGCGUUCUCUCCACUUCUCUCACUUUGCUUAUUGCAAGCACACGUUGAUCGAGACACAGAAAAAAGCAUGUCCGAGAAGAAGUUCGGCCUCGAUUGUCGUCAUCUCCCAGCCACCGGCGAGAUGAAGAAGGACAAAGAGAAGUUGAAAUUGUCACCUUCCGCGAGGAAAUCGCCGAAUCGGAGCAGUCACGGCGGGAGCGGGGAGGAGCACGGCGGAGACGGUCAAGGAUCCGACGGCGGCGGCGGCGACGAUUCCUCCAUCCCCGCCGUCAGGUUCUCCUCCCGGAACGAUUCCUCCAAGUACGACUUCGUCAAGGUGAAGGUGUGGUUAGGGGAUAAUUGCGAUCAUUACUACGUUCUCUCGAGGUUUCUCCUCAGCAGAAUGUUGACCGUCACUAAGAUUCCGAAUCAUGUUGCCAUCAAAAUCGCUCUUGAACUGAAAAAGCUGCUCAUAGACAACAGCCUUCUGGAUGUCUCUCAGUCUGAUUUGGAAGCUAACCUCUUCAAGCUCAUGGAGCGGCGGGGUUAUGGAGAGGAGUAUAUAAAUCGUUACAAAAUGAUGACUAGAUUUCACCAUCAAAGAGUGCCUUUGGUUAUCCUAGUGUGUGGAACUGCCUGUGUUGGUAAAUCUACCAUUGCAACACAGCUAGCUCAGAGAUUGAAUUUGCCAAAUGUCUUGCAGACAGAUAUGGUAUAUGAGCUUCUGAGAACCUCGACAGAUGCACCACUAGCAUCCAUUCCCGUUUGGGCACGAGACUAUAGUUCACCCGAGGAGCUGAUUACAGAAUUUUGUAGAGAAUGCAGAAUUGUUCGUAAAGGCCUUGCUGGAGAUUUAAAGAAGGCGAUGAAAGAUGGUAAGCCGAUUAUCAUUGAGGGAAUACAUGUGGAUCCAAGCAUUUAUUUAAUGGAUGACGAAAACAAAUUGCCUGCUGAUGAUCCAGCAAAGAGCAAAGAGGCAAAACCCUUACCUGUUACAUCAGAUGGUUGUUCUGCCACUCAAAUGGAAAAUAAUCCUUCAAGUAUCUGUCGUAGUCAUGAUGAGAAUAGCAAUAGCUCUCUUGCUCAAGCGAACUUUGAAGAGGUUUAUGUUGACCAGUUGCCUAAAAUGUCAGUUUCUCUGGAAUCUAUGCAUCUAGCUGGAAAAGCCACUGAAUGUCAAAAUGUCAAUGACGCAGAGGAAAAUACAACUAUGGUGACUAGGAAAGAAAAGUCUGGUGCUGAACCAAUAAUCGUUCCAAUAGUUUUGAAGAUGGCAGAAUUUGAUCAUAAGGCAUUACUGGAGGAAUGGAUCUCAACGCGGACAUUUAGUGGUAAAUGUCUUCUUGAGGACAAGGAUAGGUUGAUAGGCAAUUUAAAAACUAUUCAAGAUUAUCUUUGCUCGUUUGAAACACAGGGUUUGACGGUUGUCAAUAUAUCUGCAACAACUUUCCCGCAAACAUUAGAUCAUCUUCAUAAUUAUCUUCUUCAGUGUAUUGAGCUAGGCAUUUCGUCAUCUUCAAGCAAAAGUGGCGGGCACACGAUGGAAAAGUAGGUAGGGAUUGGAUGAUAGUUUGAGCAUUUUCUGUUGUGAAAGUCUCUUAACAGAAGGUGUACGAUGAUAAAAGGUAAUAUGUGAGAGAGCAAUCUGAUAAACAAAAUGUUAGAGACCAACUGAAGUAGCCUCAAUGCUGCCCUGGAGGCUUUCUACAGGUAGCAGAUUGCCUUAAAAUUGUUCUUCCAUUGCCCAUGGCGAAGCUCAGGCAAAUGCUUCCUUCAGAGGCGAUAGCAGUUGAAUUUGUAUCGACGGGAGCAAAAAUUGGCGCACAGUUUAUGCUCAUCGGCAGCUGAAGUGGUUGUGGGACACGAUUGAUUGCACGAGUGCUUCAUUUCACAUUAUAGUUUGUAACCACUGAAUUGGACACUGCUAUGCUCGAUGUGAUGAAACAGCCGUAGUCUUUGCUUGAGUGGUUAGAUUGGAUAUCAAGAAAGGAAUGCGGACUGGUGAAUGGGUUCUCAAGACAAAUUGAACAGUAGUUAACAGGAGUUAAGAUAAAGGGAUGAUCGUCUGAUGAUG